AUGUCGGCGAUCCUCUCUGCCGAUGACCUCAAUGAUUUCAUCUCCCCUGGCGUCGCCUGCAUCAAACCCGUUGAAAAUCUCCCAAGACAGCAGCCCGCGUCUUCGAAUUUGUAUGAAGUCGCCAAGGAGGGACAACUGCCUGAAGACCCUAAAACAGCACAGAUAUCCUUGACUGAUUGUCUAGCAUGCUCUGGCUGCGUGACUUCUGCUGAGGCAGUCCUGGUCUCUCUGCAAUCUCACGCUGAAGUGCUGAAUACUCUGAAUUCGGAAGGGAAACUAUUUGUGGCGAGUGUCAGUCCGCAAGUAAGAGCUAGUAUUGGAGCCACCUACGGGGUCUCCGAGAAAGAUGCAGGAUGGAUGAUAGAUCAACUUCUAAGCGGACCCCAGGGGCUAGCGAUGGGUGGCAGUCAUGGCAACCACUUCAAGUGGGUUGUCGACACCAACGCCAUGCGAGAAGCAAGCUUGGUUUUAGCAGCAGAAGAGGUCGCCCAAUCUUUGUCAGUAUCUGAACCAGAUGCCUCGCCGAAGCGGCCGAUCCUCACCUCCGCCUGCCCAGGAUGGAUAUGCUACGCCGAGAAAUCUCACGCCCACGUUCUACCUCAUCUUUCGCAACUUAAAUCUCCACAAGCGUUGACUGGAAUACUCCUCAAGACUGUUCUCGGCAAACAACUCAAUCUCCGCCCAGAUCAGAUAUGGCACGUGGCCAUCAUGCCCUGUUUCGACAAAAAACUUGAAGCUUCCCGUGAAGAGCUUACCGACGUGUUCUGGGACUCAAGCCCAUCGGAAAAGAUCACUCCUCCCAUACGCGACGUCGAUUGCGUAAUCACAGCUCGUGAGCUUCUCAUGCUAGCCGACACCCGGGGUAUCAGUUUCCCCAACCUUCCCCGCCGGCCUCUCCAAUUUUCCCCCUUCCCCGAACCCACGCUUCACAGCUUUCUCUUUCCUCGCGCCCGCCGGAGACGACAGCAGCCGCCGGAAGCAGGUACCUCGGGUGGCUAUCUUCACCACAUACUCCAAAGCCAGCUCUCGCUUCACCCUCAUAGCGCCCUCACGAGCAAACGUGGCCACAAUGCCGAUGUCAUUGAAUACACCAUCACGUCUUCUGACAACCCCAGCAAGCAGCUUGUGUUCAAAUCAGCCCGGUACUACGGCUUUCGCAACAUCCAAAACCUCGUUCGCAAGCUCAAGCCAGUGAAAGCGUCGCGAAUGCCUGGCGCUCGUUCCUCGAAGCUAGGGGCAAGAACUUCGGGUGGAGGGAGCAAUUUGGAUGGGUAUGCUUAUGUGGAGGUCAUGGCAUGUCCGGGAGGAUGCACAAACGGUGGUGGACAGAUCAAGGUUGAUGAUUUGCCUGGGCAGAGUGGGAAAGAGAAGGGCCAGAAGGAUUGGUUGGCGUCUGUGGAUGAGGCGUAUUUCUCCUUGUCAGAGGGAGAUGAUGAGGCUGGUGAGGACAGUGAUAUGGCUGAUGCUGGUGCUGAAGGUCAGAGGUACGAGGACGAAAUCAAUGGGAUUUCGCCAAGCUAUGUCAAGCAUGUGCUAAAGCACUGGGAGGAUUUUGUGAGGAUACCAUUGGAGAAACUUGUGCAGACUACUUAUAGAAAGGUCGAGAGUGAUGUAGGUAAGAUUGGGGAGCCGGACCCGACGAGUAAAUUCAUGGCAUUUUGA